AUGGCCACGGGCUUCUCCUUCGGUUCUGGGUCGCUGGGUUCCACCACCGUGGCGGCCGGUGGGACCAGCACUGGCGGCGGUUUUUCUUUCGGGACUGGAGCAUCUAGCAACCCUUCUGUGGGACUCAAUUUUGGAACUCUUGGAAGCACUGCAACUCCAGCAACUACGUCUACUUCUUCUGGUGGUUUUGGAACUGUGCUCUUUGGAUCUAAGCCUGCCACUGGGUUCACUCUAGGAGGAACAAACACAGGAAUAGCAACAACUAUAACUACAGGACUAACUCUGGGAACACCAGCCACUACAUCUGCAUCUACAACUGGCUUCAGUUUAGGAUUCAAUAAACCUGCAGCAUCUGCCACACCAUUUGCUCUUCCUAUUACUUCUACCUCAGCAAGCGGUCUCACUCUUUCAUCUGCUCUGACAUCAACUCCAGCAGCAUCCACUGGAUUUACUCUAAAUAAUCUGGGAGGAACAACAGCCACAACUACAGCUGCAUCAACAGGCUUUUCUUUAGGGGGAGCCUUAGCUGGUUUGGGAGGUUCACUUUUCCAGAGUACAAACACAGCAGCAUCAGGACUUGGACAAAAUGCUUUAGGCCUGACUUUGGGAACUACAGCAGCUACUUCAGCUGCAGGCAAUGAAGGCCUCGGUGGUAUAGAUUUUAGUAGCUCAUCAGAUAAAAAGAGUGAUAAAACAGGAACAAGACCAGAGGAUAGUAAGGCACUGAAGGAUGAAAAUCUACCUCCUGUCAUCUGCCAGGAUGUUGAAAAUCUCCAGAAAUUUGUGAAGGAACAAAAACAGGUCCAAGAAGAAAUUAGUAGAAUGUCUUCAAAAGCAAUGCUUAAAGUACAAGAAGAUAUUAAAGCUCUGAAGCAACUUCUAUCAUUGGCUGCCAGUGGAUUACAGAGAAAGACUCUUAAUAUUGAUAAAUUGAAAGUAGAAACUGCUCAGGAGUUAAAGAAUGCUGAAAUAGCUUUAAGAACCCAAAAAACACCACCUGGACUUCAACAUGAAAAUACAGCUCCUGCUGACUACUUCAGAAUCUUGGUUCAGCAAUUUGAGGUACAGCUCCAACAAUACAGACAGCAGAUUGAAGAACUAGAAAACCAUCUUGCCACCCAAGCAAAUAAUUCACAUAUAACCCCUCAAGAUUUGUCAAUGGCUAUGCAGAAAAUUUAUCAAACAUUUGUAGCUUUAGCUGCACAACUUCAGUCUAUUCAUGAAAAUGUAAAGGUACUCAAAGAACAGUACCUUGGCUGCAGAAAAAUGUUCUUGGGAGAUGCUGUAGAUGUAUUUGAAGCCAGGCGAGCAGAAGCUAAGAAGUGGCAGAAUGCACCCAGAGUUACUACUGGACCAACCCCUUUCAGCACCAUGCCAAAUGCAGCAGCCGUUGCCAUGGCUGCAACACUUACGCAGCAGCAACAGCCUGCUACAGGUCUGAAUGCAUUCAAGUUAUAGCU